AUGCCCGCCAUCUUGGCCUCGGAUUUCCCUUCCUCGUCCUCGUCUUCCGCCUCCACCGCCAUCCCGCCCGGUGGCCCGUCAGCAUGCAACAUCCCCCGAUCCUCACCCUCUCGACUGCCAGACAACCUCACCUCUCCAAUUACCACCUCGUCUAGCCGGAAUUCGAUGUCAUCCUUCCAAGACCACUCGGCGCCCGUCAGCGCGGACGCGCCCGAGUCUACCUUCCCCGACGGGACGGACGAUCGGAGCCCCAGCGAUUCCGCGGUCUCCGCCUUCAUGGCCGGCCCCCAGUAUACCAACGUCUUUGACUUUCGCGAUGCGUCAUACUCUGUCCGGUCCGAGGCGGUGAACGUGGUGAUGGAGCGCAACGAUAUAGGAUUUCACGAGAUCGGGCCCCAACCGUCGUCGCCCCCGACGGAGUGGUACAUCUCCGACUCGGAGAUGACGGAUGCACUGUCGGAGAUGGGUGGCGUGCCUCUGGGGCCCUACAUCGGCGAACACGUCGGCAUGGUCCAUCUCCUCCACCAGGCGCUAGACACCCCCGUGUCCGCGCGCCCAACCUCGUCCAUCAUCUCCAGCGACACAGAGGACGGCGACGCGACUGAUCUGAUGAUGGAAUACGAGCCCUCAGUUGUGGAUAACCUGUCCACGUCGCGGUCGAUCCUAGAAGACGACCCGGACGACACGCAGAAAUUCUACUCGGACGAUGGGGAUGACUACGACGACGAUCGGGCCAGCGACAUGCGCACCCGCCACGGCACAGCUGACUUGUCCGAGGUGGACGUCGACGAGUUUUACCAAGGCCUCGACCCGACACCAGGAUCCCAACUGUCGGACCUGGGGACGGGCGCCAUGCGCGACGAUUACAGCAAUGUCUUCUCUGAGGGAGAAGACUCGAGCACUGCCGAUCCGGCGGGCGAGCCUCACUUUGCCGACCCCGUCGUCGGAACCAUUCGCGAACGGAACCUGAACGUGGAUCAGUUCAUCGCCCAGUGGCUAUACCAGCCGUCCGCCGCCUCGAUCCCAAGCCUAUCGAUGUCCCCCGCUCGCCACCUUCCUCGCAACGCCAUCACACAACUCAUUGGAUGGAACCCCCCGGCAAAGAUUGUCCGGCCGCCCGGGUAUCACGCCGACUUCUACGACCUGCAACAGAUCCCCUGGUGGGAUGCCUUGCGGAUUCAGCGGCCGUAUGUGCGCAAGCAGCGGGACCUGUCGUAUACGUCGUACCACAACCUGGAGUACUCGCGGCAACGGCCCGGGGCGCGGCUGCCGCAGGACGAGUCGUACUUCCGAGGCCAGGCCAUGUACACGGCGCACAAGGCCACCAUCGAACACUUUCAGCUACGGAAUCUCAUGUCGGCGGUGGCAUAUAACACGAUCCACUUCGCGCACGAGUCCAAGAUUUAUUCGUGGGUGCCGGCCUACGACGAUCUCACUUGCCUGCUCGAUCUAUCCCGGCCGACGCCCGAGUCGCUGCUGCCGGGGCUGGUCAAAAUCUCAACCAUGAAGUCGGCGCACGACCUGACGAUCGCGGGCGGGUUUUCGGGGGAGUAUGCGAUGCGCGCGGCGGGUACGACGGGGCCGGGCGUGCAAGGCUACGUGACCAAGGACGCCAACGGCAUCACCAACCACAUCGACAUCAUCCCGAGCCGGACAAGCGGGAUCCCACUAGGCAUCUUCGCGUCCAACGACCGGCACCUGCGGGUGCUAGACUGCGCGACCAACACGUUUGUAUCGGACCACGAGCUGUCGCGGGCGAUCAACUGCACGGCGACGGCGCCGGACGGGCGGCUGCGCGUGCUGAUCGGCGACUCGGCGGACGCGUGGGUGGUGGAGGCGGACACGGGGCGCCCCGUCCAUCCCCUGCGCGGCCACCGCGAUUUCGGGUUCGCGUGCGCCUGGUCGCCCGACAUGCAUCACAUCGCCACCAGCAACCAGGACAAGACGGCCAUAAUUUGGGACGUGCGCAUGUGGCGCAUGCUGCAGAAGAUCCAGGCCGACGGGGCGGGCUACCGGUCUCUCCGCUGGUCGCCCGUGGGCGGGGGGCCGCGCACGUUGCUGCUGUCUGAGCCGGCGGACCGCAUCGCGGUAGUCAACGCGCAGACGUACCAAAGUCGGCAGGUACAUGACUUCUUCGGGGAGAUCGGGGGUGCCGACUACGCGCCGGACGGCAGCACGAUCUGGGUGGCCAACACGGACGAGCAUUUUGGAGGAUUCCUGCAGUAUGACCGACGGCAAUGGGGACAACGGUAUGGACUGCGGGAUCUGCCCAACGAGUGGCGGCGCGAAAUGGAGCUGGAGGACGAUGCCCGAUGUGCGCUGAGUGAGCGAGAGCGCCAGCUGCGGUGGAUGUGGAAUCUCGAAGACGAGGAGCAUGAAGCGUUGCUGCUAUAG